AUUGUGAAUGUGAUCACCACUUGUAUUAAAGUAUUAUUUCACACCAUAUUAUUCUAUCUGUUCCUCGCAUUCGCGCCGAUUCUGUUAGACAUUGAGCCAAAUUCUUUUAACAUUACAUUACCGGAAACAUUUGACGGCCCGCUCACAGCCAAUAAUAAACUUUCCGAAGCCGACCACUUGUUUGUCAAUGAAAUUGUAGGACCAGAGUCUUUGGCCGUAUGGAAAGGCGAUGUCUAUACGGGUGUAUCCGACGGACGAAUCAUUCGCAUCAGAAAAGAUAGGUAUAAAACUGUAGCUCAAUUCGGAAACCCAGAGAAAUGCGCGAAUCCAUGGGAAAUGGGAAAAUGCGGCCGACCUUUAGGUAAAGUUAAGAGAAUAUUGACGUCUAAGCGACCGAUCGCUGAUUUGCGACCAAAAUUCUUGGAUGACUUAGUCAUCAAUGAAGAAGAAAAUGCUAUCUAUUUUACCGAUGCGAGCAAACGAUGGGAUUUAGAGAAUGUGUUUUAUACGGUCGGAGAGCACGACGAGAGCGGAAGAGUUAUUAGGUUUGACUUAAAGACUAAAAAUUCGACGGUUAUUAUGAAAUCUCUUGGAUUUCCGAACGGAAUUGAAUUAAACGACGACAAGACAGCGCUUCUCGUCUGCGAAUUCAAUAACAGAAGAAUUAUGAAACACUUCAUCGAUGGCGACCGAAGGGGACAAACCGAUAUCUUUUCAUUCAACCUUCCGGGAGAACCCGAUAAUAUCCGAAGAAGUAGUGAUCCGUUUCGGGAGACCUAUUGGGUGGCACUGGCUAUGGGUCGCAACGAGAAGAACCCGUCGUUUGCGAUCGACGUAUUGAGCCGUUGGCCCAAAACACGGAAAGCAUUGCUCCGAGCGUUGCAUACAGUGGGCAUUGGUUUGGAAUUUAUGGGCAAAAUAAUCAAUUUCAGGCCUUUAAUUGAAUUGGGAUUCAAAACCAAAACCGGUUCUCUUAUAUUCCACACAAUCACUCACUACGGACUGGCCGUCGAGUUGGACUCCGAGGGCAAGAUUAUACAGUCGUUACACUCGCCCGACGGGAAGACAACACUACUGUCCGAAGUGCGGGAAGUGAUUGUCGGCGACCGGAAAGUGUUGUAUUUGGGAUCGUAUGGCAAUAACUUCAUCGGCAAAGUAACAUUGGGUCGACUCAAACAACUCCAUCGACCGCUUCUCACACACGAGAAGAAGAAACUCAUCGAUCAUAAGGAGAAAUCAUCGAAGAAAUCAAAGCCUAAAAAAUCUCGGAUACGAUUUCCCACCAAAACCGCCGAAAAGCAAAAAAUCAAAGUCUAA